CGGAUUGGCACAAAUGCGCGACGAACGGCGCCGAACGCGGAUUGGAUUUUCUGACGUAUUAAACGAGAUUUAACGCGCGGGGUUAUAGUGUAAUACCAAACGCGGCACAAAUGCCGCUUGCAAACCAUAUACGUCCGUGAUAUUUUUAAGUGAAUAAUCAUCGAAAAUAGCGAUAGUGUAUCGGUAGUGUAUACGACAAGUGUAUUAUCGUGAUUGGUGUAAGAAAGAACGCAGAGAAGGACACAUCAAGAAAGAGCUGGACCAAACCUCGUAGAUUUUUACGUCUCUCCCUCUUUCUUUCUUUCUUUCUCUCUCUGUUUCUCUCUCUCUCUCUCUCUAUUUUCUUAACACAAAGUUCUAGAAAACCAAAUCAAAAAUGGGUUGCGCCUCGCAGUGUGCCAAGUACUUUCUGUGCUUCUUCAACUUCGUAUUUUUCGUCGCUGGCGGAGCAGCAUUGACCGUUGGUAUCUGGUUAUUCGCCGACAGGAACUCCUUCACGAACCUCAUCGCCAAACUCGACCAGUCCGAUAUUCUGACCAAAACGGAUACCGAUGUCAUAAAAAUGAUGUCUUACAUCCUGAUCAUUGCCGGUGCCCUCACGUUCAUCGUUAGCUUUUUGGGAUAUUGCGGAGCAAUGUUCGAAUCUAGAUGUCUCCUCUGUGUCUACGGCGUCCUUCUUUUAUUGGUUUUGGUUCUGGAAUGUGUGGUGGUUGGCCUUGCGUUUGGACUAAAAGGAGACGCGGAAAAGGGUACACAAAGCUUCCUGAAGUCAACGAUCAAGUAUUACGCAGCUAGCGUGGACCAGACCGAAACCGUGACAGUCGCAUGGGAUGGCAUUAUGACCCAGCUCCAUUGUUGCGGUGUUGAAAGUUAUUUGGAUUUUCACGAAAGCACAAAUUGGACGAAGACCAACAAAGUGGUCCCGGAAUCUUGUUGCAUAAAAGAGAACGGCGAGCUGAAAGAUCGCUCGUGUCCUCUCAAUCCUACGUCAUCGAACUCUUAUUAUCAAACGGGUUGUUACAAAGCGAUAAUAACCGCGGUAGAAGAAAACGCCGCAAUAGUUAUAGGAGUUGCAGCUGGUUUAGCCUUGGUCGAAAUCCUGGUUAUUAUAUUGGCCCUAUACCUGGCAUGUAUCUACUGGCGUCCGCAACAUGCUUGCGUAGAUGUAUCAUCAAGACAAGCCUGGUGAGAGAAGUGGUGAGAUGGGGAUGUGAUGGUUUGGUGAAAUUUGGUUUCAAGUAAGAAGUGGUGAAGAUAUUGAUUAAACAAUUGACUUCUUUCCAUGCCUCUUCUCUAAACAAUGCCGAAUCUGUUGCCAAUUUUCUAAUUCUUACAUCAUUUUUCUAUGUAUAUUUUUCUUAAGGCAUGAUAUAGCUUUGCUUCAUAUCUUUGCAUGAUCAUGCUAUAAUCAACUAUACCAAAGUGGUGAUAGAGGCCUGAUUGCAUUGAGAAAAUAAUUAGACGAAUGACUAUUUCCUUUCAUGUGCUUAGUCACAUUUAAUGUUAAUUAUGCCAAUUAAGAAAUCAUGCAAUCAUGCCUUCGGUUUCAGUUAUGGUUCAAAUGUAAUUUAGUGUUUUUCAUUUGAUAUGUAUUUGAUAUUUCUUAGCACAAAUUACCAACUAACUACGUAUGUAUAAUAUCUAAUUAAAUAAUUUUUAUAAUAGAUAAUUAUUGCAAAGAAAAUAACAUUUCAUUAAUUGUGCAUAUGUUUAGAUAUUCACAAUAUAGUUUAUAUAUUUUAUUAUUCACGAUCUUUCUUUUCAAAGUAAAAUAUCGUUUUUUAUCAGAGAUUAUGCUUAAAUAUAGCGAAUACAUAUAAAUGCUAAACGACGUAUUAAAUACAAUAUAGAGGAUACAUGAAAAAGAAAUAUGUACAUAUAUAUUCUUUUUGAAAUUAUUAUUAUUAUAGUAGGUGAUAGUUUUAAUUGUAUUAAGAAAAUAACAAAAGUUACUGCCUAUUUUUCUAUCUAUUAAAAUGUUACAUGAUAAUUCAACCAAAGUGAUCAAUUUCAGCCGUUCAGAUAUAUCUAUUUCAAAAAUGAAUAUAGUCUACACUUUUUGUAUUGAUAAUUUGUGCUAGUAUAUCCGUAUUAUUUUAACCAUAUUAUAUAAAUUAUAUGUAUGUAUACUAUAAAAAGCUAUAAAUACAUAAAGGGAUCAGUAGAAAAAAAAGGAAUCAUAAAUUAAAUUAUUAAGACAAAUGCACGCUUCGAUUUGUAAUAAUCUAACAAAAAUUUGUGUGAAUUUACAUAAAUAUUAUAAUUAAUUAUAAUUCAGUUUUCUGUUAUAUUCAUGAUUUCAAUGGCAUAUUAAUGUAUUUUAUGAAAUGGGUAUACGUACAUAAAAUUAUGAUACUAAGUCAACAUAAAUCUUUCAAAAAAUGCACUUUCUACAUACUAAUAAUAGUUCAUACCGCACACUCUAAGCAUUUUCGUUUCCAGUGUUAACUUGUUGGUGCUGCUGCUGACGAGGCAUUAAGGGCAUGGAACUGUUGAGUAGUGCCUCCUAGCAUACGCACGUUGAGCCAUUAGAAGUCCUGUGCCUUGCUUGCUUGAAACGUUAGGUGCUAGCCAGAUUUAGGCUAGUCUAAACGUCGGCUGACAGAAAUGAAUCCUGAUUGUAGAAUGACCACAGAUAUUUGUCAAAUCAUACUUAACAGUGAUGUAGGAAGUUGAUUAUAAUAUAUUCGUUUUUUAAAGUUUUUUUUUUUUCAUAAUGCAAAAAAAAGAAGUAAAACAUCAAAUGUUAGAUUUUAUAAAUUCUAGUAAAUUUGUUUCAGAGAUCAAUUGUGAAGUAUAAAAUAUUAUAU